AUGCGUUUCUCCUUGGCCACUCUUGCUCUCUUCGCUGGUGCCUCCGUUGCCCAGCUCACCGUCUACACCACUGACGUCGAGACCAUCACCUCUUGCGCCCCUACGGUCACCGACUGCCCGGCUCGCAAGUCGUCUGCCACCGCUCCCGUCUCGGUGCCUUCCUCCGUCUCUCCUGUCUCUGAGACCGUCCCCGCUGUUGUUUCUACUCCUGCCGCCGUUUCCACUCCUGCUGUCCCCAGCUCUGUUGCUCCCACCACUAUUGUCCCUGCUCCAGUUGCCAGCAGCAGCAGCAGCGUCACCCCCGAGGUCGCUCCUUACCCCGUCUCUUCUGCUGGUCCCUCGACCUCCGUCAUCACCGUGACCACCUGCGUGCCAACCACCAGCCUCUCCACCAUCACCUUCACCCCUUCUGCUACCUCCGUCUCUCCCGUUGUUGGCACUGGCAAGCCCGGUCCCGUUGGAACUGGCAGCGUUGUCCCCAGCGGCACCAGCACCACCUCCACCACUGUCCCUGCCUACACUGGUGCUGCCAGCUCCGUCAGUGGCUCCAUGAUGGUUGCCGGCGCCGCCGCUGUUGCCGCCGUCUUCCUGGCUUAG